UAGGCUAAUUACUUAUUUUUACUAGGCCCUGAAUUCAGGUCUAUGAUGUAUGAAUAUUGUUUACAACCAACUGCUAUAGCCUAUAAUAGAGCCAGGGUUAUCUCACUCUGGACACUUGACCUCAUUUCAACUGUUUUGCCCGUUCAAGUUUGUUUUCAAAGUUACAUGACUGCCACAGCAGCAGAGAAGUUGCGUUGAUCCUGUGCGCAAGAGCAUACACAGCAGUGGACAGCCUACGUGUAAUGCGUGGAUGUAGAGGAGGUGGUGUGUAUGUCGCGUCAUAUCGCCCGCCGCUUUAUCAUUGGCCAGCUCAACUCACCAGACACCAGCGCGCUUGUUUUCUGCAGAGGAAGCACGCCCGUGAGUGCCAAAUGCCAAGACUUGAAGGACACUGUUGGAGUUGCUCCUGUUCAUCACGGAUGAAAGCUAAAGACCUGUCUAGUGCCAGUUGGGUUUCAUCUAAAGUCGAAGAAAUGAUGUCCAUCAUAACCUCAGUUAUGCGGCAUGCAUAUGGGUCCAUCCACAGUAUCCAGUCCGCUAACCUAAUACGACGGGGCUUCGUGUUGUUUACCGUCGGAGUGUUUCUCGCAUUGGUGCUAAAUUUGCUACAAAUUCAAAGAAACGUCACGUUGUUCCCUGAGGAAGUGAUAACAACUUUGUUCUCGUCUGCCUGGUGGAUUCCACCUAGUUGUGGAACAGCAGCAGCUGUGGUUGGCCUGCUGUACCCUUGCCUGGAUAGCCAUCUUGGGGAGCCACACAAGUUUAAGAGGGAAUGGGCCAGCGUGAUGCGUUGUAUCGCAGUGUUUGUGGGCAUCAACCACGCCAGUGCUAAACUGGACUUUGCUAAUAAUGUCCAGCUCUCCCUGACCCUGGCGGCACUGUCGCUGGGUCUUUGGUGGACGUUUGACCGCUCCAGGAGUGGCUUCGGCCUUGGCAUCACCACGGCCCUGCUGGCCACACUCAUCACACAGCUACUGGUCUACAACGGUGUCUAUCAAUACACCUCUCCAGACUUUCUGUAUGUUCGCUCGUGGCUUCCCUGUAUAUUCUUCUCUGGGGGCGUUACUGUGGGAAACAUCGGACGGCAGCUGGCUAUGGGAGCUCCAGAGAAACCUCACAACGACUAGGCAGUAAGGCUGACUUUCGAAGGUCAAAGAACGCAGAGACGCAGAGGCAGGGGGAGGGAGGGAGGGGGGUGGUCACCCGGUCGCACCCCCCUCCCACACCUCGAAAUGUCGGGACUGUUCUAGAGCCCGGGAGGGGAUGCACAUCAAUCAUCGGAGAGACCCCCCCUCCUGAUUUAUUUUUUUCCUUCUUCUUCUUCAUUGAUGCUCAGCGAAAAAGUAUGAGAAAGAAAAGAAAAGAAAAGAAAAGAAAAGA